AUGGAGGUGGUGAAUUGGGUCAGCGGGGCGGCGGUUGCCUGCGCGGUCCUUCUGCUUACCACCACAUGCCAUGCCGGCCAGACCAGCGAGUAUCGGCGGCAGCUCGAACAGGCCAUGGACAUGCCGCUCGACGCUGACGUCUUCCGCGCUCCGGCCGGCUGCAAUACGCCGCAGCAGGUUCAUAUCACACAAGGAGACCAUGAUGGCAAAGCCAUGAUAAUCUCAUGGGUGACGACAAUAGAGCCUGGAUCAAGCACAGUGCUUUACGGGACUUCAGAAGAUAACCUCAACCAUUCUGCAAAGGGGAAGUUAACUCAGUAUACGUUCUACAACUAUACCUCAGGAUACAUUCAUCAUUGUACAAUAAAGAAGUUGAAGUUUGACACAAAGUAUUAUUAUGCUGUUGGGACCAAAGAGACAAUGAGGAAAUUUUGGUUCAGGACUCCUCCGAAAAGUGGCCCAGAUGUUCCAUAUACAUUUGGUCUGAUAGGUGAUCUUGGUCAGAGUUUCGACUCAAAUGUCACUCUCGCUCAUUACGAGUCCAAUUCAAAAGCCCAGGCAGUGCUUUUUGUUGGGGACCUGACAUACGCAGAUAAUUACCCAUACAAUGAUAAUGUAAGGUGGGAUACAUGGGGAAGAUUUGUAGAGCGGAAUCUUGCAUACCAGCCUUGGAUCUGGACAGCUGGAAACCAUGACAUAGAUUUUGCUCCUGAACUUGGCGAAACAAAGCCAUUCAAGCCAUACAGCCAGAGGUACCCCACCCCUUAUAAGGCCUCUGGUAGCACAGCACCUUACUGGUAUUCCAUCAAAAGAGCUUCUGCUUAUAUCAUUGUCCUGGCAUCAUACUCUGCAUAUGGAAAACAUACUCCUCAGUACACGUGGCUUCGAGCGGAGUUCGCCAAGGUCAACAGGAGCGAAACGCCAUGGUUGAUUGUUCUGAUGCACGCUCCAUUGUACAACAGCUACUACUACCACUAUAUGGAAGGUGAAAGCAUGAGGGUGUUGUACGAGCCAUGGUUUGUGAAGUACAAAGUUGAUCUUGUGUUUGCAGGGCAUGUCCAUGCCUAUGAACGGACACAUAGGAUAUCAAAUAUCGCAUACAACGUUAUGAAUGGCCUGUGCACCCCGGUCCGAGACCAGUCUGCACCCGUCUACAUAACCAUCGGUGAUGGAGGAAACCAGGGAGGGCUGGCCACCAACAUGUCGGAACCGCAGCCAGCCUACUCGGCGUUCAGGGAGGCAAGCUUCGGGCAUGCCAUCCUGGACAUCAAGAACCGGACGCACGCAUACUACGCGUGGCACCGCAACCAGGACGGCACCGCCGUUGCGGCCGAAUCCCGUUGGUUCACCAACAGGUACUGGAUGCCCACGGAUGAUUCCUUCGACGAUCCCCAGUGA